UGCGGUCGAGAGUCGAUAAAGCAGGAGGACUAGGCGAUCAUGCAAAUUUCCUGUACCGAGUUCACUUUUCCUAUACUGGAUUUAUGACGUCAAGGGGAGCUGUAUCCCGCAGUCGCGUCAUUGUGAUGGCUGAGAUAUAUAAGUAAGACCGAUACCACUCACAUCUCUACAACUACCCACCAUGUCUAAUCCUUUCAAAACAGUCAAAUCCAAAGCCUCCGGGCAGCACAAGUCUGAGUCUGCGGCAGGCGAGAAGAAGGAACCCAUGUUUUCCAUCCUGCCUCAUCCUGCUAAAACCAACAAUCCUUCGGACCUUAACCCACCGAACCAGGGAGCAGGAGGACUGAGAUCUGACCCAGUGAUGGGCGCGCACCAUGCCAGGGACCCCCACAUUCCGAAGCAGGAUAUUUGAAGCCACGAAGAGCUCAGAAAGAGGCAGGCCGAGUUGAAUAAAUAGUGGCUAGCAUCGUGUUCAACGAAGCGGGCAGCGACGUCUGUAUG